AUGGCAUUUCAGAGGAUUGAUCGCGACGACGCCAAAUACGUGCACAUUAUUCGCGUCGGCGGCGGAAUGGACGAUAAAUGGCGCGAGGCGGGACCCGUCAAUGAUAUUGAGGCUUCUUCGUGGAUUCGAAUUUUUCGCGCGUUCGACACCGACCACGACGGUUUGAUCCAAUGCGAGGACAUGCAAAAGAAGGUCCGCGAGAGCACCUACUCAUUCGGCUUCGACCACUAUGAGCUCCAGAAGAUGUCGCUGUAUCUGGAAAUGCGCGAGGGCAAGCCGAUCGACUUCACCGACUUCUGCUAUCUAAUGAGCAAAUGCAAGGGCUACAAAAUGCGCGAGCUUCUAUUCCACUCGGCUUCAAGUGUGACGCCGAAGAAUCAAAGGAUCAGCGUGUUCAGCGCACUUCAGAAGUACAAAUGUGUUCCGCCUCCGCUAUUUAUGCUAUUUAUAUCAAUUAUACAACUAGUAAUUUAUAUCUACUAUGUCGUUGAUUCGCACGAGGGCGUCUGGUUCGGUGGUCCGAUUCCAACCCUAUCCCCAUUGAUACUGUCGCCCCAUCACAUCGGCGAACCUUGGCGAUAUCUGACAUAUUGUUUAGUGCAAGUUGGGAUCUUCCAUACCAUUUUCAACAUAGGCAUUCAAAUUUUCAUUGGCGUCCCAUUAGAAUUAGUCUAUAAAUGGCGCAUUUAUAUUCUCUACAUUGCUGGCGUGUUCUCAGGCACUCUAUUAUCGCUGACCCUUGAUCCAGGGGUGUUCCUGAUUGGCGGAUCCGCCGGAUCGUUCUGCAUCCUCACCUCCCACCUACUCACAUUGGUGCUGAACUGGAAGACGAUGGAGAGCGGCGUGCCGCGUGCGAUCCUUUGGCUCUUCGUCGGCACCAUUGAUCUCGUGAUCGCCGUGAUCCAUCGAUUCUUCACCGAUCGUGUGGAUAAGGUUUCGAUCUACGGCCACAUUGGCGGCAUCGUCGCCGGCGUUCUGUUCACGUUCAUCCUGAUGCGCGGUUCGAAGAGCUCGCGAUUCGACACCGUCGCCUUCUGGGUCUCGCUGGUGAUCGUCGUGUUCUACGUGACCGUCUGCGUCGCCCUCAUUCUGGCUCCGAAUCUCUAUCAUUAA